AUGGCACCCACCCCCGUGACCAUCAUCACCGGGUUCCUGGGAAGUGGCAAGACGACGCUGAUCUUGAAUUUGAUCCCGCAGUUACCCAAGACGUACAAACUCGCCCUUCUCAAAAACGAAUUCGGCGAUGUCGCAGUCGACUCACAACUGGCCGGCUCGGCAUCCAUCUCCGGGGUACGGGAGCUGUUGAACGGCUGCAUCUGCUGCAACCUCGUGGGUCAGCUGAGCGAGGCGCUCUUCCAACUCCGCGACUCGGUAUCGCCCAGCCGCAUCAUCAUCGAGACGUCUGGGUCAGCGUUCCCGGCCACGCUGGCCAUGGAAGUCAACCGGAUCGCGCGAGAAACGCCCGGGACGUUCAGUCUGGACGGCGUGAUCAGCGUCAUCGACGUGGAGAAUUGGAAGGGCUACGACGACACCAGCUACACGGCCAGAAUGCAGGCCAAGUACACGGAUCUCGUGGUCUUCAACAAAUGGGAGCUGGUGGACGACCGCAAAUUCGACGACGCGCUCGACCGGCUCGGCGACUUGGACGUGCAGGUGGCCUGGGUCAAGAGUGAUCGCGGCUGGGUCGACGUCGAUCUCAUUCUGGGCAUUGAUGGCGCCAUGGUGCGAGAGCAAGGGUUCCGAGGCGCGAUUGAGGCGGGCGAUACGCAACAUGGAGACCAGCAUGGAGAUGGGACUAGGCAUGAUGGGCAUGACGACCAUGGUCACGGGCACGGGCACGGGCAUCAUCAAGACGAAGUCGAAGUCCUCAGCGUGGUUCUUCACAACACCGACCAAUCGCAACCACCACAAGGCGUGGUUCUGCAGUCGUUUGAAGAUCUGCUCCUCUCGGCGCCCAAGGACGAAGUCUAUCGCAUCAAAGGGCUCGUUCUGUCGUCCAAACCGCCACCUGACUCGAGCGGCGCCCUGAAACCCAGCAUCGCCGUCGACUCGGAGGGCCAGAGCCUGUAUGUUUUGAACUGGGCGUUUGGGCGCUGGACGUACACGCCGCUUCCGAGUACGGCGUUUCAGGCCAUGGACAAGGCCAGCGCGAGGUUGACUUUCAUUCUGGCCCGGGGCGAGUCGAAUAAGUGGACCAGACGGUUGGAGAGGGGCGACUUUGUCGCAUUGGAGGGCGAAGAUGGGAAAGAGGAGAGGGGGGUAUUGAAGAUUGAAAAGAUUGGGUGA